AUUUCUACGAAUUUUACACAUAUGACACGUAUACCGUUUUUCUCGAUGUAAAUGUCAGUAAAUCUUGACGGAUCAAUUAUUAGCGUGUGUUUAUCUCAGCCAUAAUUUUAGAUUGUAAGAAAGCUUCCUAAUUGAUACGGUACCAUAAAAAGCUGAGAAAAUGAGCACGAUAACAGAGCAACCGUGUUACACACUAAUAAACAUUCCAACCGAUACCGAACCGCUAAACGAACUUCAACUGAAGCAUGAUCUCGAGAAGGGAAAUGUCCAGACAAAGAUCGACGCACUCAAAAAGACAAUUCACAUGAUAUUGAGCGGUGAACGAUUGCCAGGACUCUUAAUGACAAUCAUUAGGUUUGUCCUACCACUGCAGAAUCAUACCAUCAAGAAGCUGCUGCUGAUAUUUUGGGAGAUUGUGCCAAAAACCUCUGCUGAUGGCAAGCUCUUGCAGGAGAUGAUUUUAGUGUGUGAUGCGUAUAGGAAAGAUUUACAACAUCCUAAUGAAUUUGUCAGAGGAUCUACUCUCAGAUUCUUGUGUAAAUUAAAAGAACCAGAACUUUUGGAACCAUUAAUGCCAGCGAUAACUGGUUGUUUGGAGCACAGACAUUCCUAUGUCAGACGCAAUGCAGUUCUUGCUAUUUUUACCAUCUAUAGAAAUUUUGAAUUUCUCAUACCAGAUGCUCCAGAUUUGAUAGCGAAGUAUCUGGAAGGGGAACAAGAUAUGUCCUGUAGAAGAAAUGCUUUCUUGAUGUUGCUACAUGCCGAUCAGAGUAAAGCUCUUGCUUAUUUAGCCGCAUGUCUUGAUCAAGUACCAAGUUUUGGUGACAUAUUACAGUUGGUCAUCGUUGAAUUGAUAUAUAAGGUUUGUCUUGCAAAUCCAUCAGAAAGGGCGCGUUUUAUCAGAUGUAUUUACAGUUUGUUAAAUUCACCUAGCGCCGCAGUACGUUAUGAAGCGGCUGGCACUUUAGUGACUCUUUCUAGUGCACCAACCGCGAUCAGAGCUGCGGCUACUUGCUAUAUUGACUUGGUUGUCAAAGAGAGUGACAACAAUGUCAAACUUAUUGUACUGGAUCGGCUAAUUGCAAUGAAGGAUAGUCCUGUAUAUGAAAGAGUUCUUCAAGAUCUUGUAAUGGAUAUACUUCGUGUUUUAGGAUCACCAGCCUUGGAAGUCAGGACAAAAACUUUAGCUUUGGCUAUGGAUUUGGUAACAACUCGUACGAUUGAGGAAAUGGUUCAGCUUUUGAAGAAGGAAGUCCUUAGGACAGCCGGUGGAGAACACGAAGAUGCCGGCAGAUAUCGCCAGCUCUUGGUACGGACUCUUCAUGCUUGUUCCAUGAAAUUCGCGGACGUUGCUGUUACCGUCAUUCCAGUGUUGACAGAUUUUCUAUCGGAAAAUAAUGAAGCAGCCGCUACAGAUGUUCUCGUAUUUGUUCGUGAAGCCAUUCAAAGAUUUGAGAAUCUCAGACCGCUAAUUGUGGAGAAACUGUUAGAGGUAUUUCCUCACAUACGAUCUGUAAAAGUACACAGAGCUGCACUCUGGAUUCUCGGAGAAUACGCAACAUCGAAAGAGGAUAUAGAAGCUGUAAUGAGCCGUAUUCGAGCGGCAUUAGGCGAGUUGCCAUUGCUUGAAACAGAAAACAAACGUCAAGCUGGCGAAAAGUCCGAGGAUGCAAACUCACAAGCUGCACCUGCACUUGUCACGUCUGAUGGUACUUACGCGACUCAAAGUGCUUUCAGUGCUGCGUCUGCACGGAAAAAAGAAGAGAAACGACCGGCAUUAGUGCAAUAUAUGAUGGAGGGCGAUUUCUUCAUUGGCGCGUCCUUGGCUACCACAUUGGCAAAAUUAGCCCUCCGUUACAAAAUGCUUGAAACUAAUAUUCAAAAGAGCAACAGAUUGCAAGCGGAAGCAAUGUUUGUAAUGUCUAGUGUGCUGCAACUAGGCCGUUCAGGUCUUCCCAUAAAAGCAAUGACACAUGAUGACGCGGAGAGAAUCUCUUUGUGCCUCAGAUCCCUUGCUUGUCCAACGCCUCUUGUACAGAAAGUUUUCACUGAGGGAUGCCGCGAUGCACUCGGCAGAAUGUUGACGGCGAAAGCGGAGGAGGAUUCGCAAAAUCAAAAAGCCAAGGAGAAGCCAGGCAGUAUCGUUCAAGUCGAUGACGCAAUUCAGUUCUUACAAUUAAGUCGGGGAUCUGAUCUAGCUGGUGGUGCCGGUGACAUGUUCGAGCAAAGUCUUAGUGCAGCUGUAGCAGGGCGACCCGGCGCUAGCGGAGAUGCUCCGAGUGCCUUGAGUAAAGUCAUUCAACUUACCGGAUUCUCAGAUCCAGUUUACGCGGAGGCUUUGGUACAUGUUAAUCAGUACGACAUCGUACUCGACGUGCUGAUAGUCAAUCAAACGGAAGACACUCUGCAGAAUUGUACUUUGGAACUGGCCACUAUGGGAGAUUUGAAGCUAGUGGAAAGACCACAACCUAUCGUACUCGCGCCCAGAGAUUUCGCCACUAUCAAAGCAAAUGUGAAAGUUGCAUCUACAGAGAAUGGAAUUAUCUUUGGAAAUAUUGUUUAUGACGUAUCAGGAGCAGGUUCUGAUAGAAGUGUAGUUGUUCUUAAUGAUAUACACAUUGAUAUUAUGGAUUAUAUAGUACCAGCAACAUGUACCGAUGCAGAAUUCCGUCAAAUGUGGGCCGAAUUUGAAUGGGAGAAUAAAGUCUCAGUCAAUACAACUUUGUCUGAUUUAAGAGAAUAUCUUGCACAUUUGUUAAAGUCCACAAAUAUGCGUUGUCUUACACCGGAAAAAGCUCUGUCGGGACAAUGUGGAUUUAUGGCAGCAAAUAUGUAUGCUAAAUCAAUAUUUGGCGAGGAUGCAUUGGCAAAUUUAUCCAUCGAGAAACCAUUGAACAAACCUGAUGCGCCAGUGGUUGGUCAUAUUCGUAUCAGAGCCAAGAGCCAAGGAAUGGCUCUAUCCUUGGGCGAUAAAAUUAAUUCGGCGCAAAAAGGUCCGCAGACUAAAGUCGUGCAAGCUGCUUGAAUUGCGUUAUUUCGGUCAAAAUCUACUCCGUACAAUCGAGUCUCUUGGAAUGAAAUGAAUAUUUUUAUGGGAUUAUAAAACCUCGAAGAUUAUUAUUAAAUGAUUUUUAUAUAUUUAUGGCAUUUAUACUGCGUUAUUCAGACAACAAAAAUGUCCGUUUAUAAAUAUUUUUUUAGCUUUGUGUAUUAUUUGUCAAUCGAAAUGCAUUGGAUGUAUUCAUAAACAUAUCUGUGGACGUAUUUAUAUGGAUCACAGUAAUAAGAUACGCAUAUCGAUAUAUUGCCGUAUUAAUUUGCAUAUUUAAAUAUAUUUCCUGCCAACUCAUAAACAUGCAAUUAACAUUGUGCACGAGGAUAGGAUGUAUUUAUAGACAAAAAAUAAAUAUAUGCA